AUGUUCUUUAACUCUCAAACCCUAAAAAGAAGAACCCAACAACCCUCAGAACAAACUUUGGCUCCAACUCAAAAUGGCAUUCCCCUCCUUAACCAUCCCUACAUCCAUCACAUCUCUUCUAAUCUUCCAACAACUGAAAAAAGAGGGAGAAGAAGGAUAACAGAGCCAGGUAGGUUUCUUGGAGUGAGAAGAAGGCCAUGGGGAAGAUAUGCAGCAGAAAUAAGAGACCCUGCAACAAAGGAAAGACAUUGGCUUGGCACAUUUGAUACAGCUUUUGAAGCAGCUUUAGCUUAUGACAAAGCUGCAAUCUCCUUAAAAGGAGCUCAAGCUAGAACAAACUUCAUCUAUCCCGAACUUUCCUCCAUCUCCUCCUUCCCUCUUUCAUCCAACCAAACCCUAACCCUAGCUUCAUCAUCAACUUCAUCACCCAAUCUCACAUCUCCACAUCCACUUCCACUUCCCUUACCAUCUAACCAAACAAGUGAUGACUUCCCUUGUGAGUUUGAAUUCUAUGGUGAUACAAAGUCUGGUGACCUCAGCAGUAUUGUAACUGAAAGCUCUCUUAGAUGUGCUACCUCCAAGUCUUGUGGACUCAACACUGAGGUACUUGAUUUCUCACCACCAAGUGAAGUUGUUCCUUCUGAUGAUUUCUCUAGGGUUGUCAGUAAAGUGGAGGAAGGAAAUCAUGAUUUAGGUUGUUUGAUGGAAGAGCCUUUGUGGGAGCUGAGUCCAAGUCAGACAGCCAUGAAUGGUCAGGUUCGGGCUGGUUCAGAAGCAGCUUUGAUGGAGAAUUGGUGUUGGACUGAUGAUGUGUUUGAUUAUGAUUACUGUCCACUUUUUUUAUGA